UGGGUUCAGUAGUUACUGUGGGGAAGAUGGUGGACCUGGUGACAGCAGCGUGCUCCAAACUCCGUCCUAAACACUUCGAGAAAUAUUUACCAUCUCAACCUGGCGUCAGGUAUAGAUUACCCGGGGACAAUCACAGAUAAUACACAGAGUAACUGGUAAAAAAGUGGGACAUAACCCGCUCUGGACAGCUCUUUUUCCCGGGAUUGAAGACGGCAGAGAGUUGCAAAACGUGGUUGGUGUCGCUCGUCACUGACGCUGGGCGAAGUGUCAACAGAAGAGUUUGCUGGGGGAAAAAAAAAAAAAAAAUGUGUCGGUUUUAUAGUCUUUGACUCAUAAACUGAAGUUUGGGCAACAGGGAUAAUUUAGACAGGCGUCUUUCUCUGCCUCCAGCUGCUAAAUAACAGCGUAGCGGACUUGAAGGAGGCUAACCGACGCUGCUACCUCAGCUAGCUUUGUUGUGACCCGGAGGAUCUGCUCGACAUGCCGCGGAGUAAAAAAGGGAAACGUGGCUCCAGUAAGCCGGGUGUUAAAAACGGGAUGAAGGGAGAAUCUGCAGCCAGUGACGAUGAGCCAACAUCGGACAUUCUCAGCCACUACAGUAGCACCAGUGAAACUGCUUCGGUCCUGGAAGAGGGCCCAGGGAGUGAGCAGGUGGAUGAACAGACUGCACAAGAAGAAACAGAAGACAAGCUCAAGCAGUGUAUAGACAACCUGAUGGACAGAAGUACAAAGACUCGUCUAGCAGCCCUGGAGUCACUACGACAAGCUUUCUCCUCCAGAGUUCUGUACGACUUCCUGACAGGCCACCGUCUCACGGUGCGCGACUACCUGGAGCGAAGUCUCAAAAAAGGCCGCGGAGAGGAGCAGGCCGCGGCGGCAAAUGUUUUCACAAUGCUGUGCAUCCAGCUCGGAGGAGGAGACGAGGCCGAGGAGGGCUUCAAGUCGCUUUGUCCUGUUCUCACCUCCAUCCUGAAUAACGACCGUGCCAAUAUAGCAGCUCGUCAGAGCUGUGCCAGGGCUUUGGGGAUGUGUUGCUAUGUCUCCACUGCAGAAGAAGGAGAGGACCUGGUGAAGACACUGGCUCUUCUGGAGAGUGUCUUCUCAUCUUCCUACCCUAACACAGAAGGAACGCUGCCCACACCCAAACCCGGUCUGCCCGGCCUCCACACUGCCGCCCUGCAGGCCUGGUCGCUGCUGGCCACGCUCUGUCCCACUUCCAAACUCACUGAGCUGCUGGAACUGCACCUCCCUAAGCUGCAGGCCUGUCUGCAGAGCAGCGACGUCAACUACAGAAUUGCAGUGGGAGAGACGAUUGCUCUGCUGGUGGAGUUGGGCCGAGAUAUAGAUGAGGAGUUUGAGGUGGAGGACACUGAAAGUCUGUGCGAAUGUCUGAAGAGUUUAGCCACAGACGGCAACAAACACAGAGCCAAAAAUGACAGAAGGAAACAGCGUUCCAUCUUCAGAGAGGUGCUACAUUACAUAGAGAAUGAGGAUUUCAUUGAGGAGAAGAUCAGAUUUGGGAUGGAGAGCGUUUACAUCGAUGGGUGGAUGAGGAAAAGAAUCUACGAUGCCUUCAAGGAGAUCCUAGAAUCUGGAGUUAGACACCAUUUACAGUACAACCAGCUACUCCGAGACAUCUUUGGCCUUGGACCUCCCCUCAUCUUAGAUGCUGCUACUAUCAAAGGCAGUAAGAUCUCACGGGCAGAGAAGCGUUUAUUCAACGCAGCUGCCUUCAAAGCCCGAACGAAACAGAGGAAUAAAGUCAGGGACAAACGCGCUGAUGUCAUGUGAGGGACGGACAAGAAGGGAGCGGAUGAGGAACUGAGAUGCCUUCGGAUCUUCACCCAUCAGACACAAAAAGACUCAGAUUUUUUCACUUGUGCUCUUCAUUUGCUCUACAAAGAGCUUUACCUGCUAUUAAGUGUUUUUGUCAGACCAGUUGUGUGGUUUUAAUGAAAACAUUUUGAUGCUUUUUUGUUUUGUAUUAAUAAGUAGCAGAACAGGGUUGAAAUCUGAACCAAACAUUUAAAGAAUCUGAUUCUGUACAAAAAAAAGGAGCCAAGGAAACGUUGUGCUAAGUGUCUUUACUAUAUGGGAUGUCCGAUUCCUUGUUUACCCCCCUGAAAGCCUCAUGUCUCUCACCCAGCCAGAGUGGCUUCUUCAGCAGCCAAAAAAAAAACCUUUUCAAGCAAUGCAACCUUUGAGAAACGUGUGUGGUGUUUGUGUGCGAGUGUGUUUUAUCUGACAUUAAUUUAACCAUGAAAUAAAACACUUACCAUGUGAAUCCAGAAGAUGCCUAAUUAAAAAAAGAAACUGUAUUAUUGUCAUCUCUGUAUUGUUUUUGCUUUUACAAAAUAAGUGAGCUUUUUCUGGUGGAAAAAUUUGUAUUUUACUGUUUUAAUUUAUUAUAAGAGCUGUAAUAAGUGUUUUUUUGAAGAAACUUGAAAUUAUAAACUGUUUACAGACACAAUUAUGGUUAAAGAUGACAGAGGUUUAUAUAAGUUUUCUUUCCGAUUCAUUUUUAACGAGGGUUGCCGGGUCAUAAAAUAUUUACGUGUAUGUAACACAUAGAACAUGGAUUCAUGGACAUAUGUGUAUGUGAGAUGAAUUGAAUGAAUUUUAGUCUCUAAACAACAGUAAAUGUUUUAACAGCUGCUGAUCAGCAAGUUUGACAACAUUGUUUUUAACUAAUGAAGUUCACAUUAAACAUCCGUCUGUUUUAAUGACUUUUAUUUGGUGAACUUGAUGGCUGCCAAACAGUUUGAACUGGUGAUAAACCAGAAGAAGGGAGAAAGUUUGCAGAGUCACUGCAAACUUUUACAGUUUAGUAACUGUGUUGUUGAUCCUUCUUGGAGGGAAUCAAAUGAAAUAAAUAGCAGUUCAACAUCUA